AUGGUGAAGAAUCAAGAUGGGAGUAUACAUUAUGAAGGUGGGAGGGCAAAAAGAAGAGCAAUUAAUGAAGGCACAACACUUGAAGAGUUGAAAAGAAUUAUAAGAUCAUGUAUUGGGUUGGAAACAAAUAUAUUGGAGAUGAAGUAUACCAUAAAACCUGAAAUGAACACAUUAGUUGACCUUGAAGAUGAUGAAGGAGUUGCUAAUUUGAUAGAGUUCAAUGACGGUACUGCCCAUGUUUAUAUUGUUGGCAAUGAUGUUAGUAAUAUAGACAUGGUAACCGAGUCACAUGAGGGCUUGAAUGAACUCAACCAUGAACCCGAAUCGAUACCUCUUUCAAUGAGCACUGCACCAGCACCGUUACCCGAGCUUAAUGCUGUGAAAUGGAAAGAUUUGCUUUAUGGAGUUAGGCAAAUGUUCCAUAAUGCUGUAGAAUUUAGACAAGUACUCUACAAGUUUAGCAUUGGAAAUAAGUUUUGUUAUAGUUUUGUGAAAAAUAACACAAAAAAGGUUAUUGUAAAGUGCAAGGUGGAUGGGUGCAAAUGGAGAGUGAGUGCAUAUGCCAUUUCUGAAACAAGUCCUGUAUUGAGGGUAACAUCAUUAUGUAAUGAGCAUGCACACUCAGCACAAGAUACAUUAGUUGUUCAGCAGAAGGCUAAUGUAAAUCUAACUUCAUCUAUAAUAAUCGAUGAACUAAAGUCAAAUGUUGACAAAACUCCUAACGAGAUUAGACGGGACCUGUACCAAGAAUUUGGGCUUACCCUUACUUAUAGCCAAGCAUACAGGGGAAAAGAGAGAGCAAUGGAGGAGUUGCAUGGUGCUCCUGAAGAUUCAUACAAGUUGAUUCCAUGGAUUUGUCAAAGAUUGACUGAGAAAGAUGUAAGGACAAUAGCAAAAUGGACAGCUUGCAGAGAUAACAGGUUUGAGAGGUUGUUUAUUGCUUAUGGUUGUUGUAUAGAUGGCUUUUUAAAUGGUUGCAGACCUAUUUUAUAUGUUGAUGGAUGUCACUUGAGCGGGCCGUAUAAAGGAACAUUGUUAUCAGCUUCUGCUGAUGAUGCAGAUAAUGAUCUAUUUCCGGUGGCUUAUGCAAUAGUUAGUGGGGAGAAGUUACAAGAAUGGACUUGGUUUAUGCAUAACUUGAAAGAUAUUAUGGGGUCUUUAGAAGUGACUAUUGUAUCUGAUAGACACAAUGCAAUUAUUGGUGCUGUGGGAGCUGUUUUUGGAGGGAAUAGACAUGCAUUUUGCUAUCGGCACAUCAAAGAAAAUUUUAGUGCAGAGUUUGUAAAGAUUGGAAGACGUGGAAGAAGAGCUACCACAACAAGCAAGGAAGAUGCAUUGAAGUUGUUGGAUGCUAUAGCAUAUGCUAGAAUUGAUCUUGAAUUUAAUAGAGCAAUGGGAAAUUUGAGAGCUUUUUGUCCAGAGUUGGCUCAAUGGUUGGAAACUAAUGGUGACAUUAAUAGAUGGGCCUUGUCAAAAUUCCCUUUUUGUAAGUGGGACAACAUAACUAAUAAUUUGUCUGAAUCUUUCAAUGCUUAG